AUGAGUUCCUCAUUCAUCCCCAAGGCUUUGCCUUCUCUCUUUCCUUCCCACCAUUCAACAAAUCCUUCUCUCUUCAUUUCUUGUAAGCAAAAUCAAAUCCAGAAUUUCAAUUCCAAGCAGGCAAACUCAAGAAUCUGCUCGAAGAACAUAAGAAAUUUCUGCAUUAAGCAGUCGGGUUUGGCUAUUCAAAUUGGAACAAUUUUAGCAACUGUUGCAGAUCCUGCUCUUGCUGUAACAGGAGUGAAUGAAGAGGAAGAUCUUUUAUGGGUUUUGAUUCAGUUGGGAAUUUCAGCUUUCCUGUACUUCAUUGUGGCUCCACCCAUAAUUAUGAACUGGCUUAGGACCAGAUGGUACAAGAGGAACUUGUUGGAGAUGUAUUUGCAAUUCAUGUUUGUUUUUAUGUUCUUUCCGGGUGUAUUGCUAUGGGCGCCAUUUCUCAACUUCAGGAAAUUCCCACGAGAUCCAGACAUGAAGUACCCUUGGUCUACACCACAAAAUCCUUCACAAAUUAAGGGCGGAUUUUUGAAGUAUCCUUGGGCUCAACCUGAAGACUAUGAAUAA